UUGCCAGAGAGGAAGCAGGAGUGGGUUUCAAGUGAGCCUGGAGCAGAGUGGAGUGCUUCCUGUUGUUGAACUACAGUGUGUGAAUCCAGUGGACACCGGAUUUCCUUUGCCUUCAUUUGCUCACUGUCAUGAGUCAGAUGUCCUCUGAUACACCCAAGGAUGAAGACUUGUCCUCCAGCUUCACUGAAUAUUUUAGGAAGUUUAAGGCAGAAAACAAACUCCAGGAAGCCAUCACUUCAAUUGAGUUACACCUGGCACAAGGAAACAUUUGGAAGGCAAAUGCUGCAAUUACUGAUGCAUUAAAAGAAAUUUCUAGAACCCCACUCAAUGUUGCUGUGAUAGGAGAGUCUGGAACAGGGAAGUCCAGUUUCAUCAACGCCUUCCGAGGGGUUGGGCAUGAAGAGGAAAAUGCAGCUCCAAUUGGGGUGGUGGAGACAACUAUGAGGAGAACUCCAUACAAAUACCCCACCAUCCCGAAUCUGGUUAUUUGGGACCUUCCUGGGAUUGGAACCACAAAUUUCCCACCAAAAACUUAUCUGGAGGAAGUGAAAUUCAAUGAGUAUGACUUCUUCAUUAUUGUUUCUGCCACACGCUUUAGGAAAAAUGAUAUAGACCUCGCCAAAGCAGUCAGCAUGUUACAGAAGGAUUAUUACUUCGUGAGGACCAAGGUGGACACAGAUUUAGAAAAUGAAAAGAGGUACAAACGUACCUUUGACAGAGAAAACUUCCUGCAGGAUAUCCAAAACCAUUGUGUGAAUAUGUUUAAAAAGCAUGACCUUGAGGUGCCACCGAUUUUCUUGAUCUCAAACAGGAAUUUAUCUGACUAUGAUUUCCCGAUCCUGAAGGAAACGCUGAAACACAAACUUUCUACUCACACACAUCAAAACUUCAUGCUUUCCUUGCUUAAUAUUACGGAGGCAGCCAUUGAAAGAAAGCCCAAGUCUAGGCAACUGUCUGACUGGUUGGAAGCCAUAAAGGAUGGAAUUUGGGGGGCUGUUCCUAUAGUGGGCGUCCUCAAGGACAGUGACAUGGAGAAGUUGAAGGCAAGUUUAAACCAUGGAAUUCUCUCUGGGGUGGAUGAUGAAUGCCCAGAAUUCAUGGCAAAGGAUGCCCAGGUGCCUAUUGAAGGACCGAAGAAAAUCGUAGAAGGUCCUUCUUGUUUGGAAACUAAGAAAAGGAAAACAUUAAAAGGAAUGCACUUAGAAAACGUGGAGAAGAGUUUCAUAGGUAGAGGGAACAGAGAGCUGACCCCAGGGAGCCCUGAGAGCACCGCUGCCACCGCCGACCUAGUCACCAUCACACCCUGGGAGGAGCCUUUGCCUCUGGCCCCAGACACCACCAUGGCAACCAUGAGCAGCAAGGGGGACAAGAAGGUCAUUGAAAGGAAGGUUUUGGGAACAGUAAAAUGGUUCAAUGUGAGGGACGGGUAUGGUUUCAUCAACAGGAAUGACACCAAGGAAGAUGUGUUUCUACACCAGACUGCCAUAAAGAAGAAUAAUCCCAGGAAGUACCUUCGCAGUGUUGGAGAUGGAGAGACUGUGGAGUUUGAUGUUGUUGAAGGAGAAAACGGUGUGGAGGCAGCAAAUGUUACAGGCCCUGGCGGAGCUCCAGUUCAAGGCAGUAUAUAUGCCCCAGACCGUAAUAGACGACACCCACGUCGUAAGGGUCCUCUGCGCAAUUGCCGGCAAAACUACCAGAAUAAUGAGGGUGAGGAAAAGAAUGAGGGGUCAGAAAGCGAUGCUGAAGACCAGGCCCAACAAUGCCAGCCCUAUCUCAGGCAGAGGCCCUAUGGGUGUCGACCACAGAGUUCCAACCCUCCUAUGCCAGGAGAAGUGAGAGAGGGCGCUGACCACCAGGAUGCAGGAAAGCAAGGAAGACCAGUGAGACAGAACAUGUAUCGGGGUUACAGACCACGAUUCCAGAGGGGCCCUCCUCCCCAAAGACAGCCUAGAGAGGACAGCAAUGAACAGGUCGAAGAAAAUCAAGGAGAUGAGACCCAGGGUCAGCAGCCACCCCAACGUCAGUAUCACAGCAACUUCAAUUACCGACGCAGACGCCCAGAGAACCCUAAACCACAAAAUGGCAAAGAGAUAAAAGCAACCAAUCCACCGGGUAAAAUUGUGUUCACUCCCAAGGCUGAGCAGGGAGGGCCAGAAAAAAUGGCGCCUUACCGUCUCAACCAUCAUCGGGUAUGGUCAUCCAACAAGAAAAAAAUGAAUAUGAAAUCCCAGUAAUAAGAAAUGAACAAAGAUUGGAGCUGAAAGACCUUAAGUGCUUGCUUUUUGCCGGUUGACCAGAUAAAGUAGAACCAUCUGCAUAAUCUAUGCAGCAUGGGCUUUUGUUCUUUCUACCUAAAGAUGUCUAUUUUUGGUAAUGACAAAUGUGUUUUUAAGGAAAAAAAAAAAAAGGAGGGGGCCGGGUUUUUCUCAAUACACCGUUAAUGGUUUUUAAAUUGUUUCAUAACUGGUCAAUUUGAGAUUUUUAGGAACUUCAUUUUUAAUUUGUAAUAAAAGUUUACAACUUGAUUUUUAAAAGUCAACAAACUGCAAGCACCUGUUAAUAAAGGUCUCAAAUAUAACUGUAAAAAAUA